ACUUGCCGCUUGUUACAUCAGACAAUAAUGACGUGCUAAUGGUUAAUGGCUUCUACUUACUUCAGCUACCUUUAUGAGAAAGCCAAAUACAAUCCAAAGAAAAUUCAUGAGAUAUGAUGCAUCGGCUUGUAAAAUUAUAAAAAUAUGAUUGCCUGAACAUUCAACCGUUACAAUAGCUAUUAAUUUUUAUUAAAUUUUACUCGUGGCCUACGAAAUAUGUGCUGAAAUUGUUUACUGAGCAACGAACGUAACCAUUACACUCAUCGCUACGUUGGAUCAGCUCGAUGCAAAGAAAGCCAACAUUCAGUGUGAUAUCACAAGAUCCAUAUUGCACUAGGUGACAUGCCUAGCAGCCGUGAUAUUGAACGAGCUGAACGUAAUGGAAGAUUUCGUUCCCGUAGAAGAGGUAGUACCAGCAGUGAUAUAAAUCGUCACAGUUUUGAAGCACUUGAUAAGAAGCACAGAAGGCAUGGGAAAAGUAAAAGUUCUGGAAAAAAGAAAAAGAAGAGGUCUAGAGAUAAAUCUAUAGAAAAUGUUCCAACUGUAGCUUCUUCCAUUGUUAAACCUUUGGUUGAAUACUCAGAUGUGAGUAGCGAAGAUUUAUCUGAACCAGAAGCAGGAGAAAUUCAGUCAGAAGAUAGUAGGGGUAAUAGCUAUACAGAUGGAGAAGUACCUGAACCAGUUUUGCAGAGACGUUAUUAUGGUGGAAGUCCAGUACAUGCCCUUGGAGCAUCUCCUAUUAGUCUUUCACCAUCUCCACCUGUUCAGCAUAGGCAUUCUAAUAGACAUUAUUCACCAAAUGAACAGCAGCCUUCAACACUUCAUGGUGGAACACCUGACUACGAAGAAGAGUCUAGACGAUAUGCGAGAAGAAAAGAGAAAAAACACAAACGGGAAAAGAAGAAGAAGAGAAGUCUUAGUCCUUCUUCAAGUUCGGGAAAGAAGAAGAAACGGAAGUCCAAAAGACAUUCUCAUAGUUUGAGCCCACAUCGUAUCGCGGAUGAAAUUAUCAUCAGUCCAGAUCAUGAAAAACCAGUUGGAAACUGGUCAGAGUCUCCACCUUUGCCAUUAAAAGAUAGUACCUCGCCCAUAUCGCCUGCAACGCCUCAAGAACAAAGAUGCUUGAGUGACGUAGAACUUGAAAUAACAAGGCAACCCCGAAAUGUAACUCCUCCCCCACUUCCUCCAAGGCCAACAGAAUCACCACAUACCCCUUUAAUGCCACCAAGAACUACAACGCCAGAAAGCAAUAAAGCAAGUUUAUCAACAAUGAAACAUACACCUGAAAGACAAAAACAUAGUCCUAGUAUUCAUACUCGUCGUAAUAGCGUUAGUCCAGGCCCCACCAUUAGUUCAAGUCGGAGGAGACCUCAUAGUCCAAGUCCACCAGCAAGAAGAAGGGACCAUAGCCCAACGAGAAGAAGAGAUUUUAGUCCAAGUCCAAUGGUGCAUAGGCUUAGGCAUAGUCCUAGUCCUACAAGGCGACGGGAAUUUAGUCCAAGUCCUGUAAGCCAUCGACGCAGAGAGCCUGUUAGUUCGCCAUCUUCAAGCAAACGUAGAAGGCGGGAAGAAUCAGAACGACGACAUCGUCAUCACGAAAAAGACAGAAGGGAUAAAAGAAAAUCGAGGUCAACGAGAAGUCCCACUGGAAGCAGAUUGCAUUUACCUCUUUCUCGAUCGCGAUCUCGAAGUCCUGGAAGGUGGCGAAAAAUACAAUCUCGUUCAAGAUCGCGUUCACGAAGACGAAGUCGUACUCCAAAGAAAUCCCGUUCUCCUAGUAAAUCUCAUAAAUCAUUACGAAAACACAAAUCAAAGAGCCCUCGACCUUCGAGGAUACCUUCUCCAUCACCUCACAGACCCAGAGCAAGGAGUCCAUCAAGUAUCACGGCAAGAAAUCUUCGAGUACAGGCAAAAAUUAGUGAAACCAGUUUAUUCGCCGAGUUGGUCAAAGAUAGAAAUAUGAGAGAAUUAGCGUAUAAAAAGUUACAAGCAGCUAAAGAAAAAGCUGUUAAUCAGGAUGAAGUUCAAAUUAUAGAAGGCACCGAUGAGAAGGAUGGCGGUAGUGCAUCUUCCGAAAAUAAAGCUUCUGACAAUAAAGACAAAUAUGUAAAUCACAAAGAGCAAUUGAAGCCGACAAACGACAGUGUGAAGUCUGUUGAUCUUGUGGAUAUUCCAGUUCCAAUGUCGGAUGAUAAUGGAAUCGCAGGAAAAACGCCUCCGUUGCCGAUAGUACAAUCCGUUAAUGCACCAAAUUUGAUGCCUGGAGCUAAUCAACAUACUUUAGCUACAUAUACUUCAUCUAUAGCACUUACAUCUAGUUGUUCGGUGACUGUAACAAGCAGUCCAAACUUUCCAGCUGUUACAAAUGUACAAGCACCGCCAUUACCGCUGUCCGAACCUGCGAACACGUCGGGUUUACCACACGUAUCUAUGCCAGUGCCUAUUCCUGUACCAGUACCUGUUCUCCCCAAUUUAUCUGUACCACCACCACCUAUACCUAUACCAGUCCCAGCGCCGAAUACAGCUAUGUCUAAGUUCAACCCUCCUAAUAAUUUAGUUCCUCUAAAGUCUGUAGAUCCUCCUAAACCUCCUAUCGUGGCAUUUAAAACUAAAAGUUUAUCAAGAUUGCCAUUACCGCCUGGGAUUAAUCAAAAUGAUUUAGAGAGUAUAGACUCACCACCAAGUCGAUCUCCAAGUCCGCCUAGCAAAGCGCAGUUGAAAUUCCCUGCUUCCACUACAAAACCACCUCAGAAGAAAAGUAUUAAGGAUUUACCUAUGCCACCAGUUGUUCCUGGUUCAGAGGACUUAAGUGGAGAAGAUGAUCCUAAUGCAACACCGCCACGGUUGAAAGUUGAACGCGUUCCACCGAAACCAAAACUGAAAAGACCAAAAAUAUUGAAGCGUAGGGGUUCUAGAAACUGUCAUACUCCUAUGUCAGCUUCAGGUGGUAAAGACUGGGGAGAACGUUGUGUUGACGUGUUUGAAGUCAUAGCUCAAAUUGGGGAGGGUACUUAUGGUCAAGUUUAUAAAGCUCAGGAUAAACGAGCUGGUGUACUGGUCGCACUGAAAAAAGUUCGUUUAGAAAACGAAAAAGAAGGAUUUCCUAUCACAGCGGUACGCGAAAUUAAAAUUUUGCGUCAGCUUAAUCAUAAGAAUAUUGUCAAUUUGAGAGAAAUUGUCACUGACAAACAGGAUGCUUUAGACUUCAGAAAGGACAAAGGUUCGUUUUAUCUUGUAUUUGAAUACAUGGAUCAUGAUUUGAUGGGUCUUUUGGAAUCCGGAAUGGUUGAUUUCAAUGAAAUGAAUAAUGCAAGCAUUAUGAAACAACUGUUAGACGGACUGAAUUACUGCCACAGUAAAAACUUUUUACACAGGGACAUUAAAUGUUCUAAUAUACUAAUGAAUAACAAAGGAGAAGUCAAGUUAGCUGAUUUUGGACUUGCAAGACUUUACAACGCUGAAGAUAGGCAGCGUCCUUAUACAAACAAAGUAAUAACUUUGUGGUAUAGGCCACCUGAAUUAUUAUUGGGUGAAGAACGUUAUGGUCCUGCGAUAGAUGUGUGGAGUUGUGGUUGUAUUUUAGGAGAAUUAUUUUCUAAGAAACCACUAUUUCAGGCGAACGUAGAAAUGAUGCAGUUGGAGAUGAUUUCUAGAGUCUGUGGUACGCCGACUCCUGCCGUUUGGCCUUCUGUGAUAAAACUACCAUUGUGGCAUACGUUGAAACCAAAAAAAUCACAUAGAAGACGUUUACGAGAAGAUUUUUCAUUCAUGCCAGCUCCCGCUUUGGAUCUGUUAGACAAAAUGUUGGAAUUAGAUCCUGAAAAGCGAAUAACGGCUGCUGAUGCAUUGAAAAGUUCUUGGCUGAAAAAUGUUCAACCAGAGCAGAUGCCGGCACCUCAACUUCCUACUUGGCAAGAUUGUCACGAGCUGUGGAGCAAAAAACGAAGACGUCAGUUGCGCGAACAGCAAGAAAGCUCUGCUGGAAAGAUACCUCUUCUUCCUCUUCCAAAUAAAGGAGGUCCUCAUAAGGCUAUUGAAGAUCUAUCGGAUGUCGGGGGAUCUUCCAAACGUUUAAAAAUGGAAGCAGGUUACAAUUCUCAUCCAAAUCGUCUUGGUCCAGAAUCUCAUUAUGCGGGAGAUAAUUUGUUUAAUCAAAGUAGGCCUUACAUGGUCUCAUCACCAUCAUAUUAUUACAAUAGUCCUCCGCCUGUUACACCACGGUCCAAGGGAGAUGCUAGUAGACCUUAUAUGGUUUCAUCACCAUCAUAUUAUUAUACUAGUCCUCCAUCUGUCACACCACGGCCAAAGGGAGAAAAUACCUCUCACAUAACAGAAUUAUGCACAGAAGAUAGUCUUGCUCGAAGAUUAAGUAUUCUCACAAAUACCUUAAAUCAGGGAAAACCAAUUCGUGUUGAAGAUCUCAUGUCACUUCGAUCAGAAAAUGAGAGUGAUCCAAAGGUAGUACAGUUGUUAGGGGAAUUACAUGCUGAACUCCGGCUUGCUGCAAAUUCAAGACCAAGUGGAUUAACAGACUCUCAUGCUCCUGGAUUAAAUCCAUCAUCAUUAGAUACAAAUGCAACUCAGUCAGGAAAUUUUGAUGCACAUGCAGUUUAUGCUGGUGAUGAUGCAAUGAGUUCUGGAAGGUGGUCACAAGUUGCUACAGCUGGAGUUCGCAGUGCAUUAUUAGCGCUCAUGUCGCGCUAUGGUUUGGAAACUUGCAAUCCUUCCCCUGUUAUCACCCGACCCCCAGGCAUGGAAGUACAACUGCAUCCAAGUUGUUUAUAGACUCUACUAUCUGUUCAUAACUGUAAGUGCACAUUUGGUGUAUACUUGUAUAUAAUUGAUGUAUUAUUGAUACCUGACCAGUUACUUAAUACAGUACUUGUAUCUUUAAUAAUAUCAACAUGCUCUUUAUAGUGCACAUUUACACGAUAUAUGAAGCAAGAGCUUUAAAGUCUCAAUAUUUUCUUUUUUAUAUUUUCAAGUAUAAAUUUAUUCAAUUAAUGUUGAAACUAUUCAAUAUUUCUAUACUUAUAAAAAAGCUGUACAUGUUGAUUUGUUAAUUUGGAACAAAAAUAUUUCCUUUGAAC